UGACUUCCCCCCCCCAAAAGCAACCGUGCUCUUGGUGUGUCCGCGAACUUCGGACGAGUUGUGUGUUUGCUGCGUUGGGCGCAUAUCGGUGUAACACGGCAAACGUUGUUGUUUCGACGCAUCCUCACGGUACAUCAGGCAGGAGGUAGCUGCCAUCGUGUAAAAAAAAAAAACCGUGUGCGGUGUGUUUUCCUUCGCCAAGUGUGCCGAGAGUGUCACACAGUAGUAGUACUUGCACCCCGUUCAAAAACACAUUGUGCGCUGAGGAGGAACGCACACGCAGCCAGCAAGCAUACAGUCGCGCAUUUGCGAGCGAACGGCACGACGACGCGGUUUGAUCGUGCUUUCGGGCCACUGCUACCACAGUACACGGUAGGCAUCGGUUCUAUUCACAUCGCGCACGGCGGUUGUGUGCUGCACGGUGUGUGUGUGUGUUUGUCGCUAGCUUCAGUGGGCCUUGCGUGGCGGGUGUCUCGGUGUGACAACAUUUGGAUCCAGCCGGUGUUUAUCAAAGUGUUAAUGUGUUUUUUUCCGAUACAAAAAGGGUGCAAUCAGUGUGCGCUGACCUGUGGCUCUGUUGGUCCGUUGUGAUCGAAAUAGUGUGUGAUUGAGUGGAAGUAAUACGUUUGCAGUGAAAGGAAAGUAUGUUGGUAACGUGUAAACCACUUUUAAAUCUACCGAAAAAGAAGUUAGAGUAAAUCGUGCGAAAAAAAUUCGUUUGCAUUAAAGUGUCGAACAUAGUGGCGUGCUAACAUCCUAACCUGUGCCAGGGGAAGAAGCGUUCGGUUUUUUUCUGUGGUGUGGUGUGAAAGUGACGACACGAGAGCAGAAAGAAGCUCGAGCACAACCACACCGAGAAACCGAGUGGAGAAGGAUAAAAAAAACACGCCCCGUUGCAGCAGUUACUACUGCCAAAACCCCCGAAGUGUGUAACAGGCGGCCGUGCUGUCAAACGCCUAACACAAGAUGGCGGACCUGGAGGCAGUGCUGGCAGACGUCAGCUAUCUGAUGGCGAUGGAGAAAUCCAAGUGUAUGCCGGCGGCCCGGGCCAGCAAGAAAAUCGUGCUGCCCGAUCCAAGCGUUCGGAGCGUGAUGCACAAAUAUCUGGAGAAGGAAAAUGAGGUCAACUUUGAUAAAAUUUUCAACCAAGUAUUAGGCUAUCUAUUAUUCAGAGACUUUUGCGACAAUGUCUCAGAGGAACCGGUGCCACAUUUGAAGUUCUACGAAGAGAUCAAAGCCUACGAAAAGACAGAGUGCCAUGACGAGAGGCGGAAGCAGGCGCGAGACAUCUACGACAAUUACAUCAUGAAGGAAAUGUUGUCCCACACACACGAAUAUUCCAAGGAAGCGGUCGCACACGUCCAGAAGUAUCUGAUGAAAAACGAGGUGCCGGUGAACCUGUUCGAGCCGUACAUCGAGGAAAUAUUCCACCAUCUGCGGGGCGAACCGUUCCGAAAGUUUCUCGAAAGCGACAAGUACACCCGCUUCUGCCAGUGGAAAAACCUGGAACUCAACAUACAGCUAACGAUGAACGAUUUCAGCGUCCAUCGGAUCAUCGGCCGGGGCGGAUUCGGCGAGGUGUACGGUUGCCGCAAGGCGGACACGGGCAAGAUGUACGCGAUGAAGUGCUUGGACAAGAAGCGCAUCAAAAUGAAGCAGGGCGAAACGUUAGCACUGAACGAACGGACAAUGCUGUCACUCGUCAGCACGGGGGUCGAUUGCCCAUUCAUCGUGUGCAUGACGUACGCUUUCCACACGCCGGACAAGCUCUGCUUCAUCCUGGACCUCAUGAACGGUGGCGACCUGCACUACCAUCUGUCCCAGCACGGUGUCUUCAACGAGUCGGACAUGAAGUUCUACGCGGCCGAGGUCAUCCUGGGACUCGAACACAUGCACAAGCGGUUCAUCGUGUACCGGGACCUGAAGCCGGCCAACAUACUGCUGGACGAAAAUGGCCACGUGCGCAUCUCCGAUCUCGGGCUGGCCUGUGAUUUUAGCAAAAAGAAACCGCACGCCUCGGUCGGCACCCACGGAUACAUGGCGCCGGAAGUGCUGUCCAAGGGCACGCCGUACGAUUCGAGCGCGGACUGGUUCAGCUUCGGCUGCAUGCUCUACAAACUGCUCAAGGGCCACUCGCCGUUCCGGCAGCACAAAACCAAGGACAAGCAUGAGAUCGACCGGAUGACACUAACGAUGCAACCUUCCUCCUUGCAGAACGUGGAGCUGCCGGAAUCGUUCAGCAAAGAACUGAGAGACCUGCUGGAGGGCUUGCUGCAGCGCGACAUCGACAAGCGGUUAGGCUGUAAGGGUGGCGGUGCCGAGGAGGUCAAGUCACAUCCGUUCUUUGCCGGCAUCGACUGGAACCAGGUGUACUACCAGAAGUAUACGCCACCGCUAAUACCACCGCGCGGUGAGGUCAAUGCCGCGGAUGCGUUCGAUAUCGGGUCGUUCGACGAGGAGGACACGAAGGGCAUCAAGCUGACCGAACAGGACCAGGAGCUGUACCGAUACUUCCCGCUAACGAUCUCCGAACGAUGGCAGCAGGAGGUGGCCGAAACGGUGUUCGAAACGGUCAACACGGAGGCGGACAAGGUGGAACAGAAGCGCAAAGCCAAACAGAAGCAGCGCUUCGAUGCGGACGAGAAGGAGUCGGAUUGCAUACUACACGGGUAUAUUAAAAAGUAUGGCGGUUCGUUCGCGUCCGUCUGGCAGACGCGCUACGCCAAACUCUAUCCUAACAGACUGGAGCUGCACACCGAAAGUGGCAGCACCAAACCGGAACUGGUGUUCAUGGAUCAGAUCGAGGAGGUAUCGCCGGACUUUGUCCAGUUCAAGAACGAACAGUGCGUACAGAUCCGGUUUCGCGACGGUAUCCGCGACGGCAAGCUGAUCCUAACGAACUCGGAUGAAAUCGGUUUGAAGGAAUGGGCCUUAUCACUGCGCGCCGCACACAAAGAAAGCCAGGAGCUGCUCGGCUCGAUGGCGAAAAAGGCGGGCAAAAUUUACGGUACCGAGGGCCAACGGGGUACCGGCGGUCCGGACGGUAAGCAGCAGCUGGGCGGUGCCGCGGGCGGUAUGGUUAUCUCGAGCGGUGGUGGUGGUGGUGGUGGCGGUGCGGCAGCGGGCGGCGGUGGUGUGAUCGCUGCCGGUGGUCAGAAGAACGCGAACGGCGGCUCUAACUAGCGGUUACUGUUGCGAUCUCGGUCCUGCUUCAUAGAACCGAAUCGUCUGAAGGAACCGCUGCUGAAGAUGAAGUGCAAGGACACAUAAGCGUGCCCCUAAGUAUUAACCACUUUCAUGACUCCGAGUUGCAAAAAACGGGUUUUUUCUACUAGUGAAAAUUAAAAUUAUAACGCGCACGCACGCACGCACGCACCUGCUGCGCACGACCACCUAACGUUUACAAAGCACGGGAUGAAGACCAGGAUCACAAGACCGGCUCUUUGUGUGCGUGUGUGCAUGCACAUCCUGUUUUUUAAUUAGUGUGCGUAACGUUCGUGCGUGUGUGCGUGCGUGCGUACACACAAAUUCAAUGUGACUGAGCGUGUCGUGGGCUUGUUGACCGUUGGCGUAACCAGUGUUGAGUAGUUGAGCAGCAGAGUGAUAUUUGAACGUAGGGUCGCAUCCAAAGAAUGCCAGUGUUACGCGGAAACAAUAUGCGCUCCCCAUGACGGUGGUAUUUAGAAUUUUGAGACUUAAAGCGGAUGGCAAAGUGGCCGCUUCCCGCCUGUGUGUGCCGGGCUGGAAGAUUCAAUUCCUUGAUUUUUUGCGUGGCGCGUAAGCAAGCAACAAGUAAUAGGUGUCACAGUCCUAGGUGAAAAAAAAAAACAAAAAGGAAAAAACAAACACACUUCAACACAACAACACAACAACAUAACUCUAGAAUAAUGAAUGUGUCAAUUUCGUAUUGUAUUAUUACGACGUGAUAUAAACGAGUGUGGAGGAAGCCUUUGGCAGGCAACACACUCUGACUAAGACUAUGCGGAUGCGGGCACCACCGUGUGGAAUGGAGGCAAUGGAGGGAUAUGUUGAACUAGAAGAGAAACAAAGCGGAAAAAGCGAGUGGACUGUUGCACCCAAAGGAAAAGACGUGUAGACGCUUGUACGCUUGAUGCAGGAAUGAAUCUUUAUUCAAAGUUAAA